GUCUUAAAAUAGAAGAAGCAAAUUUUCGCAUCGACGGAGGAGAAAUGCGAGUGAUGAGAUCAUAUCGCGGUAGCUCUAUCGCCGGAUUGGUGUCCCAUCCGGCGAGUUUAAGUUCCCUACGGAGCAUCUUCACCGGUUGCCGCGCUGUGAUGCUGCCACGAUUCGGCGGCCCGGAGGUUUUGGAGCUCCGGGAGAAUGUUCCGGUGCCGAAUCUCAAUCCGAACGAGGUCCUGGUCCGUGCGAGAGCUGUCUCCGUCAAUCCUCUUGAUUGCAGAAUACGAGCAGGAUAUGGGCGUUCUGUGUUACAACCGCAUCUACCCGUUAUAAUUGGACGCGAUAUCAGUGGUGAAGUUGCAGCCGUUGGUAACUCAGUGAAGGCAUUUAAAGUAGGGCAAGAAGUUUUUGGUGCGUUGCAUCCUACUGCGUUGAGAGGUACUUAUACUGAUUAUGGGAUACUUUCUGAAGAGGAGCUUACUGAAAAGCCAUCAUCGGUUUCUCAUGUGGAGGCGAGCGCUAUUCCUUUUGCUGCGUUGACGGCUUGGCGUGCGUUAAAGAGUAAUGCUCGGAUACUCGAAGGACAAAGGCUAUUAGUUUUUGGAGGAGGAGCAGUAGGUUUUGCUGCAAUCCAGCUGGGCGUAGCCUUUGGGUGUCAUGUUACAGCCUCUUGUGUUGGUCAGACCAAGGAUCGUAUACUAGCAGCUGGUGCCGAGCAAGCUGUUGACUACUUAACCGAGGACAUUGAGGUGGCAGUGAAAGGAAAGUUUGACGCUGUGUUGGAUACUAUUGGUCGGCCUGAGACCGAGAGAAUAGGCAUAAACUUCUUGAGGAAGGGUGGCAACUAUAUGACUCUCCAGGGUGAGGCUGCAUCAUUGACUGAUAGAUACGGUUUUCUGAUUGGGCUUCCGCUUGCAACUUCACUCUUAGCGAAGAAAAAGAUACAGUAUCAGUAUUCUCAUGGAAUAGACUACUGGUGGACGUAUAUGAGGGCUGAUCCUGAAGGUCUAGCCGAGAUUCAGCGGUUAGUUGGAGCCGGAAAGCUAAAGAUACCAGUGGAAAAGACGUUUCCUAUAACCGAAGUUGUAGCAGCUCAUGAAGCCAAGGAGAAGAAGCUGGUUCCGGGUAAGGUGGUUCUAGAGCUCUGAACUAUAUACAUAGGGGUAACAAUAAUAAUACCUGCAGAGCUCCCUAGCAGUUCGUUCCUUUUUUUAGAAAUUACACGCAUGAGAAACAAAUGUUUUUUGCGUCUGGAGUUUUCUGUAAAUGAGAUCUAUCAGGCUUAGGAUUCACAUCAAGAACAUAAAGUUUCUGUAUAGACUUUCCCAAUGGUUCUUUUUAUUUAGACAUUGUCUUUGUUGCAAGUUGCAGUAAACCAAAUUAAAUCGAGUAAUGAAAAAUGGUUUAGUAAUGUGUUUUUCUGUUGCUGUCAUCUAUCUAUUGUAUGUGGAUCUUAUCAAUGCUUAGGUUUGAUUUAUCCACAACAUAUUCCAAACAAACAACAAAACAAUCACUGUAAUAUGCUGAAUUUUAUGAUAUUGAUGAUUACAACAUUGUCUGAGAUUUAAACCCUAAGAUGUAAGGUGUGAACUAUUGAACCAUGAGAUAACGUAGAUGUCAAAUUCAAUUAAAUAAAUUAUACAUAAUUGUUAAAUACGUGACGCGAAGCCUAAGUUGAUCACAUGAUCGAACAAAUCCAAAAUUGUAUGCAUGUGAGUUUGAUGAUCUUCUGGAUUAUACACAUGUGAGUUUUUACAAACCAUUGCUUUUAGUCUGAGAUUUGAACCAUAUAAGAUCUAAGUCUCGAACUAUUAAACCUUAAUUAAAUAAGUCAUACAUAAUUGCUAAUUGUGUGACGCGAAGCGAAAGUUGAUCACAUGAUUGAACGCAAAGCCAACCUCAUAGCAUUCACUCUACUUUUUAGUUUCUUGAUUAAAUAACAAAUACUCUUAAUAGUUAAUUAAAUGACCUCGAGUUGUCAUUAAAAGCAUAACGUGGCAGGUGUUAAACAGCUUAUUAAAUGAAUGUUUUGUCUGGUUCUCGUCCUUUAAUGGUCCAGUCAAACUUCUGUAUCCCUCUGCCAGAUCAGCAAACGAAUUUAAUUCUUCACACGCGCUACUAUACGCGUGGUAUACACAGCCUUCUUACCGAGUAACGCUAGCAACGUCAUCGGUGGGACAAGGAAACAUUCUUUUGUUUUUCCCGUCCAAGCCUUCGAAACUUUUUCAGGUACAUGUCACUGUUAUUGGCUAGUAAACUAGUAAUAAGUCAGUAAAACUCUUCCAAGUCGUAACAUUAUUUCAGUUCUUUAGUUUCUUCUAAAGAUCUAGUAAAUUCAUAUACUCUGUUCUACUCUACAUACUCUAUUAUUUGUUGGGGACCAAUGAGCACGUGUUUAUAAUUUCAUCAAAUUUAUUGUCAGUUAAAUCGCGUAGGUCUCUGUUAUCAAUUUGCCAUUUAUUAUAUACAUAGUUAUAUUCUUAUACAGCAGUGUUGAUUCUUGUGGAAACUGGAUUGUUACAUUUUUAUACUAGUCAUAGUAAGAAAAAAUGAUAUGGGUUAGUCUAGGAUUUUUUUUUUUUUUUUGUGAGAGAACGCUAGGAUUUGUUGUUACCUUUGUAAAUAGCUUCUCCAUAUAUAUCAUGCACUAUUUUUACAAAAUUUGUCUUUGUAACAAAUAACUUUAAGAUAGCCCAAUGAAGUAUGUGUUUAGUAUUUACUAUAUACUCAUAUAUAGUACAGACAGAUAAUUUUAAAUUCAGGAAGAGAUAUUGGUGUUUAAUUGAUAAAUUAAAUAAAAGUACGAGUGUUUUUAGAAGCAUGUUAAUGCAAUGUUAUGGCUUAUAGUGUGGUCCUCUAGUCUUUUAAUGGUCUGGUCAAACUCCUUUCUUCUCUCUGUAUAUCUGCCACCUCACCCACCUAUCUUCCUCUAUUAUUCUGUUUAUUAUGACCGUUACUUCGCGGUUCAUUACGCGCGCAUUUUCUCACGCCAUUUUUUUGUCAACAUUUUCUCACGCCACUAUAUUCAGUAAAUGGAUCAAUUGAAUGGAACUUUUAGACUACAUGUGAAAAAUUCGCAUUUUAAUCUUCAUGAAGUUUAUAUAUUUGGUUCUUUCGAUCUUUGGGUAUUAAGUUUUCUAUCAAGGUUUAUUUGUUUGUUCGAGGAUCUAUAUAUUAUUUUUUUUGUUUGGUUUUGUAUCUAUUGAUAAAAUGCAAUUUAACUUCAAGAGCAGUGUAGAAACAUAUUUUGGUAUGAGUUUAUCUAUCUAAUCAGUCAGCAAUCAUCUCUUUUCUUAAACUGAAUUAUUAAGAGUAUACUAUCUCUCUAAUUAUUUGACUAUACUCCAUUUUGGAACAACAUAAAUGUUUUAAAAAGAGACUGGGUCCGACUCUUUUAAGUGCUACAAAAAGCGACACCACGUGCCCUUAGUUUCAUGCAUCCACAAGAAAGAAAGCAAACUAGCAAAGUGACAACUUCACGAGAAGAAAACUCAGAGAAAAAAGCGUAUAAUAAAAUUAGAUUAAAUUGUAUAAAGAUGUAGUAAUAAUUAUAGCUAAAAACAAGAAGAACAACGGCCAUGUCGACUCAUUACCCUAUCUCCGGGUAGUCCGAUCACGUGCAAGCUUUGGGCUCUAUAAUGCUUUUAAUUACUAUAAUAAGAUUAUUUUUUCUUCUUUAUUUGAGCCAACAAAAAAAGUUUGUCUUCUUUAAUUUAUUUAUUAAGAUGAUAUAUUUCAUAUUUGUAUUCGACCGUAUUUAGCCAGGACCAUGUGACUAGGACUUCUGGUCUAUUGUUUUUAUCUUUUUUUUUUUUUUUUUUUAUAACUCGAGUAUCCUGGCCCCACCAAAGUGGUCCAGACUAGAGAACGAAGUGAACAUGGACGCUGUCAGGACGUCACCAUAUAGCUCACCGUGUAACGGUCUUCGGUCUCGGGUGCUGCAGUCCACAUGUAAAUUCUGCAGUGACCAAGGUUCGAACUCAGGGACGGGCACUCCAGCUGGAGUUCCUAUACCACUGGACCAAAGCAACUUGGUUUUGUUUUUAUCAUUAUGAACAAGAAAAAAAGACGUUGUCCCCUUAAUUCGCUUUUAUAAAAACAAUAAUUUAUUUAUUCGUUUUGGUUAGCUAAUAUUUUUCCCGUUUGUGAUCCCAAAUGUUUGGUCGUUAGAUGAGUAAAUCUCAGUCAGUUAUCUCAAAUGAUUAUAAUUUCGAGCCAAACACACAGCAGGAAUAUUCUUAAGUAUCCCAAUAGAUCCCAACACUUGGUCUUCACUGGUUAUAACUUACAAACAUCGAAGAGGUUUCCAGGAACAGACGUACAUGUUGAAGUAUAUCUUCUCGCAAAUAUCCAUUUUGAUUUCCAUAACGUGGAAUAAAUCCUUACAUCUCUAACCACCCCCAUCAAUCAACGUACUAUCUACAAACCAAUAUGUACAUUGCAAUAAUUAUUGAUUGUUGUAUCCCGCGACUGUUAUAAUCAUUGAGAGGUUUGAAUGAGAACAUUAUAACACACUAGAUAACAAAAACAAAGGUGUUUGUCAUAUACAUAUUUACUAUACUAGAGAUAAAUACAUAUUACAGUUUGCUGGCACAAUUUCGCAGCCAGAAACCCCUGAGCUGUUUUGAUAAAAAAAAACCUUAUUCACAAUUUUCCUAAAGCGUAUCUCAUACAUGAAUAUGAUAUGACAUGCAAAUAUCUUUCAAAAAGAAAGAUCACGAAAAAACACUUGGUCCAUGGGGUCCAAUAAUCUUAGUUACAAGGAAAAACAUAUCUAACAACUUUUGAAAUUCACAAAAAGUCAUAUAUUUUCAAAAACACAAAACUUUGCAUUAUUUAAAUUUACCAAAAAAAAACAAAAGUUAAUAAAGAAGAAAAAGAAAAGGAAGACUACGAAAACAAUACAUGCAAAUACACACAAGAGACAUGCGUGUCUGAGUGUUUGUGUUUUGGGGAAAGCCAAUACCUUUACUGUGUGCACAUGUGUGUAUCCACAGUCCGCAGAGACGUACUUUAACUCAUUUCACUCUCAUGGACCACACACUUUCACUCUCCACGAAUUACUAAUUCACCCUUUUCACUAACCAUUACCGCAAAAAGCUAUAACAACCAGAUUAGUCAAGGCUAGUUAUCAAAGUUCAGGAAGAACGAAUCUUUCCCUUAAUCAGGUCUAGGGGUAAUUUAGUAAUUAUAACGGAACACCACUUUAGUUAUUGAAACUAUACCAUCUCCAAUGUCGAUAGCUACUUCACUCUCUCACAGUAAAAAAAAGAAGAUAACAAUGGCGGAAACUGAAAGACCCCACCGUUCUUCAAGUAUUAACAGUAGCAGCAACGCAAGGAACGCUUCUUCAACUGAUUUAUUCAUUUGUUUCACAUCUCGCUUCUCUUCUUCCUCCUCCAUGCGCCUCUCUUCCCUCAGCCCAGCUCGCUCCGCCUGCCUCACAACUUCUCUCAGCCGACGUCUCCGUCCUAGCGGCAGCAUAAAGAACGCUUCGGCCGGAGUCCUAAACUCUCCGAUGUUCGGUAAUAGCGGAGGACGUAAGAGAUCUGGAUCGGGUUACGAAAAUAAUAAUAACAACAACAUAGAGCCGUCGUCUCCGAAGGUGACGUGUAUCGGUCAAGUGAGGGUGAAGACAAGGAAGCACGUGAAGAAGAAGAUGAGAGCGAGAUCUAGGAGGAGAGGCGAGACGAGCAGCUUCAGGAGAUCGUCCUCCGACCAAAACGACAGAGGAGGGUGUCGUUUCGACGCGAGCGAUAACCGUUGGGUUCAUUUCCCCGUGACCAUCUGCGAGUCGCUGAGAUCGUUCGGCUCCGAGCUUAACUGCUUCUCCUCCUCCUCGCCGUGUAGAUCGUCUUGCGUGGGCGGUAAAGACGGGCGGCGAGGUGAGGGUAACGGCGGCGGAGGAGGCAGCUCGUGCUUCACGAGGUGGUUUGUGGCGGUGGAGGAGACGGGAGGGAAGAGGAGGGAGAUCGAGCUUGUGGUUGGAGGAGGGGAAGACGAGGCAGCGGAGGAUGGGAGGAGGAGGAGUCGCCGGAGGCAUGUUUUCGAGGGGCUUGAUUUGAGCGAGAUUGAGAUGAAGACGGAGGAGAGGAGAGGGAGGGAGGAUGUUGGGAUGAUUAAUCUCUGUUCUCCGCCGAAGAAUGCUUUGCUGUUGAUGAGGUGUAGAUCUGAUCCGGUUAAGGUGGCUGCGUUAGCUAACCGGGUUCGGGAGAGGCAGAUGUCGCUUGAUGACCGUGUGUAUGGAGGAGAAGAGGAGGAAGAUGAGCAGAGGAGAAGGUUUGAGCUUGACUUGGAAGACAAGAAGCGGAUCGAGCUGUGUGAGAAAUGGAUCUCCGGCGAGAGAGAAGUAGUUUCUAUUACAGAACCAGAAGCUCCCAAAGAGGAAGAACUUGUACACGAGGAAGAGAUUGAAGCUAUGAUCAUCAAACACAUCGAAGACGAUCUAAGAAACGCCAUAGAGGAAGAAGACGAGGAGCAAACGGCUGAGAUGGAAGAAGAAGAAAGUAAAGAGGAGGAAGAGAUAGCAGCUGCCUCUGUGACUCCAAACGUGGAAAGAUCCAACCAAGGAAACCGAGAACCCGACCCGAGUCCGGAAGUGAUAAUGAGAGGAGGAGAUCAGCAGCACGAUGAAACAGCUGAGAAAGACAAGACGACGCCGUAUAAGGUGUUACCGGAUUGUCUGUUGCUAAUGAUGUGUGAGCCAAAGCUAUCGAUGGAAGUCUCAAAGGAGACUUGGGUCUGCUCCACAGACUUCGUUAGAUGUCAACCGGGAAGACCUCCGGCGAAGAAGAUAACAGAACAUCAUCAUCAUAACCAUCAACCCAAGAAACGAAUCGUCACCGGUGUUGACUCCAACGCAUCCUCUCGCCGGCGUUCUGUCGAUAAACGACCUGUUCACCAUUCGCUGUUACAGCCGCCGAGGUCAUCGUGCUCGUACCCAGCAGCUCCGCCGUUAUUAACGACGGCUGCGUCGGUUAGAGAGCAGAAGGCUGCCGGAGGUAACAAGGCGUACGAGCCGCCAGUGCUGCCACGUUGCAAGUCGGAGCCGAGGAAGUCAGCUUCGAAGCUAGCGCCGGAAGCUUGUUUCUGGAAAAAUCGGAAGCUCGAGCCGCAUCCUCAAGCUUCCGUCGGAGUCGGCGGCGGUGCCGGAGUAGGGUUCUAGAAGAAAGGAUUGGGACUUGAGUGGGAAUAAGGGAAACUGUUUGGGCUGUAAUAGUAAUUUAAGAAUUUUAUUUGUCCUUGUUUGUAAAUUUUGUUUUUGUUAGUCACAAUUAAUUUCUUGCGCUAUUCCAAUGUUUUAUCAUGAAAAUCUGUAUCCUUCUUUUGUCCGUUUGUCUAAUGUCUUUCUCUGGUC